AUGGCGAGACAAAAGUGGAAUAGUGACGAAAUCUGCAAGUUCUUGGAUAUUUACGAGCAAUUCGACAUACUGUGGAACUCGCGACUCCCAGACUACGUCAACAAACACAAGCGGGAAAUAGCCCUCGAAAAGCUACUGCACGUGAUAGCACAAAGCGGACUGGGCCAUUUCAACGUGGAACAACUACGAAAAAAAAUCAAGUCUAUUCGAACCGUGUAUCGCAUGGAGCUGCUCAAAAUUCUCAAAUCGCAAAACAAUUACAAACCGAAGCUGGUGUGGUUUAAAAGAGCUAACAACUUUUUGCGGAGUGUAAUGACUGACGACGCAACUUUACCUGUUAAUUCUGUGUCGGUUUCUGAUCCGCUGCAUGUAGAGGCUACAGUCAAAGAAGAAUCUAACGAUAUCACAGUAGCUGACGAUGACGACGACGAACUGAUGGAUCUACAAGAAACAGAAACGUGCAGUUUGCCAGCUAUUCCUUCAACUUCGGUCAACAAGUCGACAGAAGAUGAAUUCAGUGUAUUUGCUCGACAUGUGGCAAUGCAGUUAAGAAUGUUGCCUCUAGUCAAGGCUUUGCAUUUAGAGACUGAGAUUCAAAAACUUAUUGCAACAGAAAGAAUUUCUUGUUUAUCAAAUAUUAAAAUAGAUGAUGGAGUGAAGUUCGUUGACGAAAAAUAA